AUGGAUCUCACCCACAGAUUGCCGCGCGUUUACAACCGACUGGCCUCUUGCGCUGGACUUUCACCUCUUCGCUUCACCCUCUACUGGUCGCUGAUCCUGUUUGUCCUCGUCGCCACGCUUCUCGUGCGCAACACCUCGUCAAGGGACCCAGGCUCAUGGUUCUUCAACCCCAACAUUGCCUACAGUCGGCAGUACAGCGCUGUUCGUCAGCGACAGGCACUGCGACUUAUCGAGACUGCGGCCGACGUCAAGCCUCCCGCCACAGAAACGGCGACUAUCCCAGGACUUUGCAUCGGCAUUCCAUCGAUAGCGAGAGAAGGAGCUCGCUACCUCCGGAUGACUGUUGGCUCUCUGUUGGCUGGGUUGACGGACAGGGAAAGAGAAGGGAUCAAGCUGAUUGUGUUCAUACCACAUACGGACCCAGCAAUUCAUCCAGCCUAUCACGAAGCCUGGCUGCCACACUUGACAGAUCAGCUUCUGCUAUACAAUCUGUCGCAGCAUGAGCUUGACUAUGUCAAAUCCCUGGAACGCGAAGACGUCGAGCAUCGUACGAAAGGCCUCUACGAUUACACCUACUUGAUGCAAGCCUGUUACGCAACUAAAACGCCCUAUAUCGCCAUCAUCGAAGACGAUGUCGUUGCUAUGGACGGCUGGUAUCAUCGCAGUGUCAAUGGAAUUCCGCAGGCAGAAGCACAAGCAUCUUCCGAGCGCAUGUCGAACGGCUUCCUCUACCUGCGAAUGUUCUAUACUGAACAGUUUCUGGGUUGGAAUAGCGAGUACUGGAUUGUCUACGCCUUCUGGUCCAUCACAACCAUCGGCACGAUUUCUCUUCUCGUACACUGGAGCCGUUCUACUUUCAAUGCCGUAAGACACGCCUUGACUCCUCGACUGUCGCUGCUCAUCUGCUUGGUACUUGCGCCGUGGAUGGUUGUACUUACGUUCGCCGCUGGAAGGGUCACCGUGUUCCCUUUACCGCAUGGAAUCAACAAGAUGAAUGACUUUGGCUGUUGUGCUCAAGGCUUAAUUUUCCCGCGUCACAAGGCCCGCGAUCUUAUCGAGUGGUACAAGACUUCUCGGGUCGGAUUCGCCGAUAUGUUGACCGAGCAAUACGCCAACGAGCAUGGAGAGCAGCGUUGGGCCUUGACUCCUAGCGUUCUGCAACACAUCGGUGCCAAGAGCUCAAAGCCGGAAGAUUUUGGUCACGGUGCGAAAUACUCGAAGUCGGUCGCAGGAAUGAUCUGGAACUUUGCAUUUGAACUCAAUUCCCCCAAGGCGCUGAGGAAAGAGCACGAGCUGGCAGCGAUCGAGCCAUUGAAUCUCUUAUCUGGUACCACUGGUUCUGAGUAG